CUCUUCUAGCGCCUCGUAGCAGAGCCAGACUCGCGCCUUUGCCUCAUUUACGGAUUUCUAUAAAUUGUAAAAUAAUCAUAGACACAGUGGGGAGUAAAUUAGAAGUUAGACACUCCCCCUUCGCCAAAUUAUCUCAUGUAUCCCAGACUGGCCUUCAACUUGCUAGAUACCCAAGAAUGAUUGUGAACAUCUGAUCUUCCUGCCCACACAGCCUAUUUCUGGAAUUACAGAGAAUUGUCAUCCAGGACCUGCCAGAAGCCACAAGAAAAAAAUGGGGAGGGUUUUCCUCUCAGGAGAAAAAGCCAACUCAGUAUUAAAACGCUACCCAAGAGCCAAUGGGCUUUUUGAAGAAAUAAGACAGGGCAACAUUGAGCGUGAAUGCAAAGAAGAAGUCUGCACAUAUGAAGAAGCCAGAGAGGCUUUAGAAAAUCAUGAAAAAACUAAAGAGUUUUGGAGCACUUACACAAAAGCACAGCAAGGAGAGACGAGCAGAGGAAGUGACUGGUUUCAAUUUUAUCUUACUUUUCCAUUAAUCUUUGGCCUCUUCAUUAUUCUCCUUGUCAUCUUCUUAAUCUGGAGAUGCUUUCUAAGAAACAAAACUCGGAGACAGACAGUGACUGAAAGCCACCUUCCUUUCCCUCAACAUCUUAACAUUAUUACAGCACCUCCACCACCAGAUGAAGUCUUUGAUAGCAGUGGAUUGUCUCCAGGCUUUUUGGAAUACGUUGUUGGGCGCUCAGAUUCAGUCUCCACUCGUCUUUCCAACUGUGAUCCCCCACCAACGUACGAGGAAGCCAUUGUCCAGGUGAACCUGAGGAGUGAAACAGAACCUCAUUUAGACCCACCACCAGAAUAUGAGGACAUAGUCAACUCCAGUUCAGCUAGUGCCAUUGCUAUGGUGCCUGUGGUCACCACUUUCAACUGAAGCUGGAAACCUCGUUUUACUCUAAUCAUUUCUAAAAUAUUAAUGGAAGAACUUUCUAGCACUUUACUACUACAUAAAUGUGUUGGCUUAUUUUAUUAGACUCUCACAGUAUACCACUUCACAUUUAUUGGUUUGAUUUACCUUUACUUUUGUUUCUUAUUAUAAAAUCAUCAUCUGUGUUCAUUUCUACAAGAGGAAACAUGAAGGAAAGACAUGCCGGUGACAGUCUUUAUGUACUGUGGUGACAUACACGUCUGUACAAAAUACAUACAUAUGUGUGUAUCUGUACAUAUUGCCGUAUGUCCACCAUCCAGUUUGUGUACAACUAACUUCUACCACAACACCUGUAAAGAUAGCAUUAUUCACCAAAUUGAAGAGGCAGGGGGCACUUUAUGUGAUAGUCAGCAACAUGCAUGUUUUCUAAUUAUAUAUGUUGGUUAACAUCCCAUUACUUCUUUCUUGAAAGAAAAAAGUAUGCAUGGAUUCAUCCUCAAUUUUAGAGAUAUCUCGCAGAGAGACAGAGACAAAGCAUGUAGCAUUCAGCAUAUGUACUUGACUGUAGUACAAAACAAGGAAAUCAUUGAUCAUUAGGGCAUUUAGCUCAUUUUGUACAAUAUUUCCUCUUCUUGGCUGAUUACCACACUCUGUCCCAUUAAAAUUUGCUUAGCAUCAUUUAAUAUUCUGUGCCACUCACAUUAACAUCUUGUUUAAAAGUAAAUCUAUGUGGUGAAAUAUUUUUAUGUUAAUGACAGGGAGUAGGCACUGACUAUUCCAUUACUUAUUGUAUAGUGGGCAACAGUUUUUGUACACUAAUUAUUUUCUCA